ACAGCUAGUCAGACACCUCGGUAGCUUUCAAGCAAACACAGCUACAACAUUCACGCUCUUUACACUGUUUUGGUGUAUAUUAGUCGCUGUGUAUUCAACACACUUCUGUCGUAUGUACUUGUUGGCCCAUUUAAUUAUAUAUUUACGUUGUUUGUCAGCUAGCUGGUUUGCUAAAUUAGCUUAGAACUAGGCUAGUCGCUAAUGCUAACUAGCUAACAUCCCCGACCAUGAGUUCACUAAGCUACUCUCCUCCUGAUAAAGAAGAGGUCUGCUGGACGGAGAGAGAAGGUCUUGUGAAAGAGGAGGAGGAAGAGAAGGAUGUCACACUACAAAAACAAGUAGAGGGUGAGACUCUUACCGUGAAAAAAGAAGAGGAAGACGCGUUCAGAGUGAAAGAGGAGGAGGAUGUUACAGUAAAAGAAGAGGGGGAAGAGAAAGAGGGUGCAGUUUUUGGAGAGGAGGAGGGGGAGAUGACUGUAACAUUGGAGGAAGAAGAGGAGGUUGGAGAUCUGUUUAACACCAGAGAGAUACUUCACUAUCGUGGAUCCUCUGGGGAGCCUCAACAACCUCAUGAUGCUGAACAGGCAGAGAAGAAUCUCUCCAGAUCAGAACACCUCAAUAAACACCUGCAGAGAUCCACGGGGAAGAGAACUCACUACUGCUCUGACUGCGGGAAGAGAUUCACCUCAUCAGGCAUAAAAAUUCAUCAGAGAACACACACCGGAGAGAAACCUUUUUGCUGUGUUCAAUGUGGGAAGAGUUUUGGUCAAUCUGGCCAUCUGACAGUGCACCAGAGAACACACACAGGAGAGAAACCUUAUAGUUGUGGUCAAUGUGGAAAGAGUUUUUCAACAUCUGGCUCUCUGACGCUGCACCAGAAAACACACACAGGAGAGAAACCUUAUAGCUGUGGUCAAUGUGGGAAGAGUUUUGGUAGAUCUUGCUAUCUGACUCAACACCAAAAGACACACACAGGAGAAAAACCUUAUAGUUGUGGUCAAUGUGGGAAGAGUUUUGGUCAAUCUUGCCAUCUGACUCAACACCAGAAGACACACACAGGAGAGAAAUCAUAUAGUUGUGGUCAAUGUGGGAUGAGUUUUCUUCGAUCUGGAGAGUUGACAGUGCACCAGAGAAUACACACAGGAGAGAAACCUUACAGCUGUGAUCAAUGUGGGAAGAGUUUUGCUGCAUCUAGAACUCUGACUCAACACCAGAGAACACACACAGGAGAGAAACCUUAUAGCUGUGGUCAAUGCGGGAAGAGAUGUUCAACAUCUGGCCAUCUGACUGUACACCAGAGAAUACACACAGGAGAGAAACCUUAUAGCUGUAAUCAAUGUGGGAAGAGAUGUUCAACAUCUGGCCAUCUGACUGUACACCAGAGAACACACACAGGAGAGAAACCUUACAGCUGUGAUCAAUGUGGGAAGAGUUUUGGUCAAUCUGGAGAGCUGACAGUGCACCAGAGAACACACACAGGAGAGAAACCUUACAGCUGUCAUCAAUGUGGGAAGAGUUUUGCUGCUUCGAGAACUCUGACUCAACACCAGAAAUUACACACAGGAGAGAAAUCUUAUAGAUGUGGUCAAUGUGGGAAGAAAUGUACAACAUCUGGCUCUCUGACUGUACACCAGAGAACACACACAGGAGAGAAUCCUUAUAGCUGUGAUCAAUGUGGGAAGAAAUGUACUACAUCUGGCUCUCUGACAGUACACCAGAGAACACACACAGGAGAGAAUCCUUAUAGCUGUGAUCAAUGUGGGAAGAAAUGUACUACAUCUGGCUCUCUGACAGUACACCAGAGAACACACACAGGAGAGAAACCUUAUAGCUGUGAUCAAUGUGGGAAGAGUUUUACUACAUCUGGCAAUCUGACUGUACACCAGAGAACACACACAGGAGAGAAACCAUACAGCUGUGGUCAAUGUGGAAAGAGUUUUGCUCUAUCUAAAACUUUGACUCAACACCAGAGAAUACACACAGGAGAGAAAUCUUAUAGCUGUGAUAAAUGUGAGAAGACUUUUGGGCAAUCUUGCCAUCUGGUAUCACACCAGAGAACACACACAGGAGAGAAACCUUAUAGCUGUGGUCAAUGUGGGAAGAGUUUUGGUCAAUCUUGCCAUCUGGUAUCACACCAGAGAACACACACAGGAGAGAAACCUUAUGGCUGUGCUCAAUGUGGGAAGAGUUUUACUACAUCUGGCUCGCUGACUCUACACCAGAGAACGCACACAGGAGUAAAAUAUCAUAGCUGUGAUCAGUGUGACAAGAGAUACUCUGAUAAAAGAUCUCUGAUCAAACAUCAGAAAAUACAUGGAGUUUUUUCAUGUUUUUUCAUGAUAUCAAUGUUUUUAAUGUCAUUGUAG